UUCAGGUUCAGGUUCAGGUUCAGGUUCAGGUUCAGGUUCAGUUCUGGUUCUGGUUCAGGCUCAGGUGCGGGUUUGGGUUCAUGUUUAUUUCUGGUUCGGGCAAUUUGUUUCUGUGGGGUUUCACUCCACGGUGCCAACUUCCCAAGUGUUUCGCUGCUUCCAGCCUUUGUUCCACUGCUUCCUUCACUGCUUCUUCCCUUGCGAGUCCCGGGCUCAGCCGUCUGGGCAGUGGCAAAGGCAGUGGACAUGCGCAGGAUACAGAUGCAUAUGCACAUGCAAAUGCAAAUGCCGUUCGUCACCAUGGUCCAUGGCUUCCGUCUGUAACCGUUUGUCUGUAACCGUUCGUUUGGGAGACUGUAACCGUGAGACCGUGAGACUGUGGACUGUGGAUGUCACGGUGUGGGGUGACACGAUGUAGUAGAUACCCGUGAGUCCACUCUGCGACUCUCACAAUGCUCCUGCUUUUGGGGAUUUGAUAUUCAGGGUCGAAUCUUGAAUGAGAUCACCACUGACCAGGCUCCGGCGGCGCACCGGGGAGCUGGGAGAAGCGUACGGCCUAUGCAGGUGUAGGUACUUGACUACCUACAGUACAUAUAUGCAUCCCCCCUCUCCAACCCACGAGCACGGUGGCUUCCAUGAACCUCGGCAGAUAUGCGGAAACUCCCCUCUACACGAGGACACGGGACAUCACUCAAGUCUCAACCUCUGCGCGGGCGGGUGCCGGCUUUCGGUCGGUCAGUCGGGAGGGCGCACAACCGUAAUCUCGUGGCAUCAGCAUCAGUCUGUUUCGGCGCGCCCGACGGCGACUCCAGCGAUUCCAGCGGCGGCGGCGACGGAGGAGGCGGGGAAACACACAUACACACAUGCUCACUUACAGACACGCGACCAUAUUAGGCAGGAACAAGAUUCAGUGGUGGGGAAGUGGAAGAUCUUAGGUAACAUGCGCCCGAAGGAAAGGAAAUUUGCGGGGCAAUGGGGAAGCCUGAAGCCUGAAGCACGCAUGCCCGACAGGACAGGGCUGGACGAAGGAGUCGAUUGGCUCAUGCUCAGGCUGUAUGUUGGAUGGAUGGAUGCAUGUAUGAUGCUGUACGUAAGGCAUCUAGUCCACGGUUCGAGGUUCGUACGGUAUGUGUUAGUCGGGGCCUGAGUUGUGUAGUUGUGGAGUGGAGUUGUGGAGUAUGUAUGUGGAGUUGUGUAGUUGUGGAGUGGAGCUGUGGAGUAUGUAUGUGGAGUUGUGGAGU